GCGGAGCUUCAUGCUCUCACUUGGGAGCAGAUGAAGAUGAUGGUGCGUGGCAAGUUCCUUCCCCAGAGCUUUUGGGAUAGGAUGGAGCAUGAGUUCUACCAUUUGCAUCAGGGCAGCUCCACUGUGGACGAGUAUAUUCGCACUUUCACCCGAAUGUGCCUUUUUGCAGGCGUCUCGGUGAAUACCGAUGCCAAGAAGGCCCGCAAGUUUCUCAAGGGGCUUAAUCAGAGGAUCCGUGAACUGGUGGGGAGUCACGGACUGAUGUCUUUCACCGACACUGUGAGUCGGGCUCAGGAGGUGGAGAGCUAUCUCAUCCCGAUAGCUCCGGUCCCUUCAUAUUAUCAUGCCUCCCAGCCUUCUCAAAUCGUUGUUCAGCACUCUCAGCCCAUCUCACCAGUGCCGCCCGGCUCUAGUUCGGGCAAGAAGAAGGUAGAUUCCCACCGAGAUAACUGGAAGGGAAAGCGAGGAGGUCCAGACCGGCGCAAUCAUCCCUCUUCUGGAAACCGAACCUGCAAGAAAUGUGGCAAGUACCAUAGUGGCGAGUGCUUAGCCGACCAACGAACCUGUUUCAACUGCAACCGAUCGGGUCACUAUGCCAGUGUCUGUCCUGAGCCCAAGAGGCAGCAGCA